AUAAUAAUGUCAAAAAAUUGUAUUUUCCAACGGCCACCGCUAAACGGAUUUACAUUCAAUAGUUUUAGUUAUUCAUAAUUCAAACCAAUGAAAAAGUGUGUGUUAUCAUAAUAUCCUCGAUGAGUUGGUGUACGUCAAGAUGUACAUCAAGUCUAUAGUGUUGGACGGUUUCAAGUCAUAUGGGAAUCGUGUGGAGAUCACCGGUUUCGACCCCGAAUUCAACGCUAUCACUGGACUGAACGGCACAGGGAAGUCGAACAUCUUAGAUUCGAUAUGUUUUGUGUUAGGAAUCACCAAUUUAUCAAACGUGCGUGCGGGCAGCCUGCAGGAGCUGAUCUACAAACAUGGGCAGGCGGGUAUCACCAAGGCCACUGUGAGCAUAACCUUCGACAACAGAGACAGGAGACAAUGCCCCAUUGGAUAUGAAAAUCAAAAUGAAAUUACUGUUACAAGACAGGUGGUGAUGGGAGGUAAGAACAAGUACAUGAUCAACGGCAUCAAUGUUCAGAACAAGCGCGUGGCAGACUUGUUCUGCUCGGUGCAGCUGAACGUGAACAACCCUCACUUCCUCAUCAUGCAAGGUCGGAUCACUAAGGUGCUCAACAUGAAGCCACCUGAGAUCUUGUCCAUGGUGGAGGAGGCAGCCGGGACCAGAAUGUAUGAGGCUAAGAAACAAGCUGCACAGAAGACCAUAGAGAAGAAAGACGCUAAACUUAGAGAACUUAAUGAUAUAAUAAGAGAGGACAUAGCACCAAAACUACAAAAGCUACAAGAUGAAAGAUCUCAGUUUCAAGAAUAUCAAAAAGUUGUGAGAGAGUUGGAGAAUCUCAAUAGAUUAUACAUAGCUUAUAAGUUCGUAACAGCAGAGGAGCGCGCGAAGGAAGCGGAAGCCAAAGUGACGGAAGUACAAGAAGACAUACAGAGACAGAAGGAUCAGAUCAAGAACAACCAGAAGGAGGCCAAGGAGUUCGACAAACAGGUUGCGGAGCUCAACAAGAAGCUAGAUGAGGAAAGUGGCAACGUUCUCAAAGAGUUGGAGAAAGAGCUGCAGUCGCUAGAGAAGACAGAAGCCUCAGCGUCGUCCGCGCACCGCGCCGGGCGCGAGGCGGUGACGUCACACGACAAGCGGGCCAGCCUGCUGCGGCGGGCGCUGGCCGACGACCAGGCCGCGCUCGCUGCCAAGAAAACUGCCUUGGACAAGGUGGAAUCAACAUUCGAGAAUCUCCGCACGGCGAGUGAAGCCAGUAACGCGGCACUAGCUGAAGCGCAGCAGAAGUUCCUCGCUGUCAGUACUGGUCUAGAGGGAGCUUCAGAGUCACUGCAAGAUCAACUAAUGGCGGCAAAGCAAGAGGCGUCAGAAGCAGCGACGCGUAUCUCGCAGAGCACGAUGGAGAAGGCGCACGCGGAGAAGCGGCUCAAGGCGCUGCAGCGGGACUUCCACAGCAGCAGCGCGCAGUACCAGCGCGACCAGCAGCACAUAGCCCAGCAGCAGGCGCAGCUCGAUGCGCUGCAGACGGAGUUGUCGGGCAUGAGCUUCAGCGCGGAGCAGCAGACAGCACUGCGGGAGCGGGUGCGGACUCUGCACGGCGCAGUGCGGCAGCAGCGCGACGCGGCGGACGCGCUGGCGGCGCGGCUGUCGCGCUGCAACUUCCGCUACUCGCCGCCCACGCCCGACUUCGACGCCAGGCGCGUCUCCGGUACAAUCUGUAGACUGAUUGAUGUCUGCGACCCCAUAUACUGCACUGCAUUGGAAACUGCAGCGGGAGGUCGAUUGUACAACGUGGUGGUGGACACGGAGGUGACGAGCAAGCUGCUGCUGCAGCGCGGCCAGCUCACCACGCGCACCACCAUCGUGCCGCUCAACAAGAUCAGCUCGCACGUCAUCGACCGCAAUACCGUCCGCAAGGCGCAGGAGAUCGGCGGCGGUCCCGAGAACGUGCAACUGGCUCUGGACCUGAUCUCGUUCGAGAGUCACCUGAAGGCCGCCAUGUCGUGGGUGUUCGGCGGCACGCUGGUGUGCCGCGACCUGCAGACGGCGCGGCGCGUGACGUUCCACCCCGCCGUGCGGCGGCGCUGCGUCACGCUGGACGGCGACGUGUUCGACCCCGCCGGCACGCUGUCCGGCGGCGCCAAGCUCAAGGGAGGCUCGUUGCUAGUGCAGCUACAACAGCUGAAGCAGCUAGAACAAGAACUGAAGACGUCGCAGGCGCAGCUGUCGCAGUGCACCAACGAGCUGCAGGCCAUGCAACACGUCGGCGAGAAGUACACCGCCUUGCAACAGAAAGUGGAGAUGAUGUCGCACGAGCUGGACGUGGUGAAGGCGCGGCUGGCCACCACCUCACACGCGCAGACACACGCUGAAAUAGAGAGCUUGCGGGCACAGGUAGCGGAGCUGACGGCGGCGGUGACGCGUGACCGAGAGACGCAGAAGGAGACAGCCGCGAGGGCAGCACAGCUCGAAGAGAAGGUCCGCGACAUCAAGGGGCACAGAGAGAGAGAGUUCAAAAAAGCAGAAGAAGCGUUAAAGAAAGCGAAGAAAGACGCGGAACUUCACGGCAGCUCAUGGAAACAGCGGGAACAGGAGCUGGAGACGUUAAAGCUAGAAGUGUCGGAGUUGCAGCAAGCAGUUGCCACGAGCACGCAACAACUUGCUGAGACUAAAGCGGCUGCGGAAGCCUUGCAUGAGAGCUUGGAGAAGGCCAAAGAGGAACACAGUACUGCUAGCGAAGCGGUAAAAGAGAUGCAGGGUCGCAUCAAGCGUCAGAAGGCGGAGAUCGCGGGCCGCAACACGGAGAUCUCGCGCAUCCUGCACAAGAAGGAGCAGCUCGGCAAGCUCAGCGCCGACCUCGAGCUCAAGAUCAAGGAGCUCGAAUACACCAGCAAGGAGCUGCAGGCUGAGGCCACGGAUCUGCAAGCCAAGAUAAUAUCGCUGGAGGACGAGAACCCGUGGAUCAGCUCGGAGAAGUCGUACUUCGGUGCGCCGGGCGGCAUGUUCGACUUCACGGCGCGGCAGGCGAGCGUGGCCGGCGCCCGCCUGCAGCAGCUGCGCGAGCGCCGCGACCGCCUCGCGCGCGGACUCAACGCGCGCGCACACACGCUGCUCAGCAAGGAGGAGGAACAGUACCAGGACGUGCUGCGCAAGAAGCAGAUCGUGGAGGCGGACCGCGCCAAGCUGGUGCAGGUGAUGGCGGAGCUGGACGAGAAGAAGCGCCGCACGCUGGUGGCGGCCUGCACGCAGGUCAACCGCGACUUCGGCUCCAUCUUCAGCACGCUGCUGCCCGGCGCCCAGGCCAAGCUCACGCCGCCAGACGGACUCACUGUGCUCGACGGGCUGGAGGUGAAAGUAGGCUUCAACAUGACAUGGAAGGAGUCUCUGGGCGAGCUGUCGGGCGGGCAGCGGUCGCUGGUGGCGCUGUCGCUGGUGCUGGCCAUGCUGCUGUUCAAGCCGGCGCCGCUCUACAUCCUCGACGAGGUGGACGCCGCGCUCGACUUGUCGCACACGCAGAACAUCGGACAGAUGCUCAAGGAACACUUUAAGCAUUCACAGUUCAUAAUAGUAUCUCUAAAAGAUGGUAUGUUCAACAACGCGAACGUACUAUUCCGUACGCGGUUCGUGGACGGCAUGUCCUCAGUACAACGCACGGUCAACUCGCGCCGGUGAACCAACCGGCCUUAACUAGCCUAAUGGAUACUAAACCAAACGAGCUUUGUACAUACUAAUUAUACGUAGAUCGUAAUACAAUGCCUAAACAGGAUUGAACAGUGCUCUUAUAAUUGGUGGCUAAUAUCACCCCUCUUUCUGUCGGGGGUUAAAACGGUGCGAUGUUUACAUAGAACCUUAAUCUUAUAUGACGAAACGCGACUUUAAAACAGCAGUCACAAUUGGAAUAGUUAUAUAGAUGUACUGAACUGAAUCAAAACGUCAAACGUAAGUAUAGUGAAGGUAAUUUUUUGUUUUGUCAUACGAAUUUAUAGGUUCUGUGUAUACUAGUUUAGGACAUGAUAAAAUAUGUGAUCUAGUUUUGCCUAAAGUAAUGGAACUGAGUGAAUGCCGACGGCUGGCAUCGUGAUCUAAAGUUAAAAGUAAUUAGCAAUAAGUAUUGUAUUGUCUUAAUAAACAACAUGUGUUUAAGUUGUAUGUGAUGACGAAACAUCGACCAUUAUACACGACGUCAAUCUAUGUUAUAAUAUUUUGAAAGUAUUUGUUAAUUUCCAAGUCUCAAUUUAUUAAUGUUCAUAAUUACACAGUGCGCCAAAACAUAAGGGCGCAUUCGCACAGACAGCGAUCCGUUUUUAUUCGGCAAUGGCGUAUUCAGUUGUACGAAACAUUUCACACUCAGCUCACUGUAUUCCAAAUCCAGUAAAAAUUGCCAUAUCGUCCAGUGUCAUUUUCUUCUUUCAUCGAUUUCUUCUGCAAUGUAAAUAUAGCUUGUAUCUAUUUUGUUGGCUUUUGUGAUUCGCCAAAUUCAAAAUUGGAACGAUUCAUUUAGUUAACGUUUUUGAAAAGAUUUAAUUUGUGCUACACGUUUGUUUGACAUGUCAUUGUUUAGAAGUAAUGAAUUACAAGAUGUCAGCCAAGACUGAUAGUCGUUGUGCUGUAAAGUUAAUUAGUUGUAUGUGUAUAGUUUAGAAUAAAGCUCUUAAUUUUC